UCAAGCUGCUCUGCAUUCCCCUUCGCCCUUCUUGCUUUCUCUUUCCAUUUCGUUACUUUGAGUUCACCGGCCAGAUAUCUCCUUUGUCUGCCCAUAUCCUAAUUCUUUUCACUAGUCGUUCUUUUGUCUCUCCUUCCUGUGCCUAGCCGCUUGUUGGUAGACGGCGCAAUCGCAUGCUUCUGCAAUACUCUAUCUAGUUGAGAUUCAAGAUGGCGGCACCACCAGUUCGGCAGUGGGGAGUCACUCCUCCCAUCUCCACCGUUUUGCCGACCUCGGACGAGCUCGCAGCAAAUGACGACCUUAUCACCGAGUUGAAGGUUCAGAAUAAUUUCGAAAGCCCUGCGGAGACGGACCGAAGGCAACAAGUGCUGCAGCUCAUCCAGCGUGUCACCCUCGAAUUUGUCAAGACCGUCAGUCGGAAGAAAGGACUCUCUCCAGCAGCUGUGGAGGCGGCUGGAGGGAAGAUCUUUACGUAUGGGAGUUAUCGCCUGGGUGUUUAUGGGCCGGGAUCGGAUAUUGAUACCUUGGUCGUUGGCCCGAAGCAUGUCGUAAUUGACGAUUUCUUUUCCGACUUCCCACCAAUUCUUGAGAAAAUGGCUCCCCCGGGCGCUAUUGAAAAGAUGACUCCGGUUCCAGAUGCCUACGUUCCGAUCAUCAAGCUCGAGUUGUCUGGCAUCAGUAUCGAUUUGAUCUUUGCUCGUUUGAUCAUACCUGCGAUUCCAAUCAACCUGGAUCUCAAGAAUAAUGAUUACUUGCGGGGACUCGAUGAGAGGGAGGUCCGAUCGCUCAACGGCACUCGUGUGACCGAUGAGAUUUUGGAGCUUGUGCCCCAGCAGAAGACGUUCCGGUUGGCCCUGCGUGCCAUCAAACUUUGGGCCCAACGUCGAGCGAUUUACUCGAACAUUGUGGGUUUCCCGGGUGGUGUAGCUUGGGCUAUGUUGGUCGCAAGAGUGUGUCAAUUGUACCCCCAGGCAACCGGCUCGGUGAUCGUCGGCAAGUUCUUCCGGAUCAUGAAUAAGUGGGCAUGGCCUCAGCCGGUUUUGUUGAAGCCGAUUGAAGAUGGACCUCUUCAGAUGAAGGUCUGGAAUCCCAAGAUCUACCACGGCGAUCGAUUCCACCUGAUGCCCAUCAUCACUCCGGCCUAUCCCUCCAUGUGCGCGACACACAACGUCUCCAUGUCCACCAAGGCCGUUAUCCUUCGUGAACUUCAGCGCGGUGGAGACAUUGUGGACAAGAUCUUCUUGAAACAGCUGCGCUGGGAGGAUCUGUUUGCGCGACACACCUUCUUCACACGCGACUACAAAUACUACCUCAGCAUCACCGCAUCCAGCCGAACCAAGGAGGCAGAGUCGGUGUGGUCUGGUCUGGUUGAAUCUAAGAUCAGACAUCUUGUUGGGGCCUUGGAUCGGAAAGCAACGAUCGCGGUUGCUCAUCCCUUCCCCAAGGGCUUCGAGAGGGUCCAUCUGGUCUCUUCCGAGAAUGAGAUCGAGGCCGUCAAGUCUGGGUCCACCAAAUACCAGGACAAAGGAACAAAAACUGAGACGACCGAUGAAACGAAGGACGCAGCUCAUGAGGCUGCGGCGCUGAAUGGGGCCGAGAACACUGAUGUCGCAGCAGCCGAGAACAAGCCCGCCGAUGACACUCAUGUCAUGUACACGACGACCUACUACAUCGGCCUGGAACUCAAGCCACUCGAGCCAGGUGCCUCCCGGUCGCUGGAUAUCUCGACCGACGCCCAGAUCUUCAAAUCGACGUGUACUUCGUGGGCAGGAUACCAGCCUGGGAUCAAUGAUCUGGCGAUCACCCAUGUCCGCAACUUCGACCUGCCGGACGAUGUUUUCCAAGCGGGAGAGACUCGCCCGACCCGCCCGAAGAAGAAGAUCGUCAAGAAAGCCGAGGUCGGCCAGAAACGCGGAAUCGAAUCCUUGGACGACCCUUCCCACCCGGCGGCGAAACGCCAGGUCACCAACGGAAUCACCAACACCGCGAUGCCCGCCUGAACCGUGUCUGAACCGAAUCGAUACCCUUUUUU